UCAACCGGUCAUCACUCGUCCGCGUCCCACGGUAUUUUACUAUUUUCCCUCUCUUCGCUCUUGUCUUGUCAUUUAUUUCAUUUAUCGGAGGAGGAGGAGGAGAGUCAAUUUUCAAUCCGUCCAUUCAGGUUGAGGACAAUGUAACGGCUUGUCUCUUUUUCAAAAAGGCCUUGUAAGCGGUGACAGGAAAUUAAAACUAUACUUCGGAGUCAUGCAGUGGUUCACAUAGUAUACGUAUGUGCAGAUGUUAUUGGAAAGUAGCGGCGCAUCAUCCCGCGCGAUAAUUACACGAAGGACGCGGGGCUAUAUUGGACUUCGCAUUUUUGAGUUGAUUGAAUUCUCGUCAUCUCUUCAGCGUCGGUUAAAUUGUCACUCGAGCCCUGUGACAAAGCAAUCAAAAUAAUUUUCGACAUCGGCGAAACACGCCAGCUCGCGCGGCGCAGCUCUAUUCUCUUCUCGAAGGAUAAUACAGGCGGCGCAGCGCAACAACGGAGCGAAAACUUUUGUGUCCGGCUGGCAUAUCGACUCGGAGAGCUCUAUAUCGCAGCGCGCAGAGCAUACAAUGUUCGAUCGCCACUGCCGCUGCUGCUAAUAAAGUUUCGUCGUCAAGUGCGGCCCGCGCCGAUAGCGAAUCGAAUUCGCCUUGCACUUUUCGCGCCGUUAUUAUACAGCCGUGAAUGCCGGCGGAUAAUUGAAGAACUUAAUACCUCUGCGAGAGAUUUUUUCAACCAGGUAUACACCUGGAUGUGUGUAUAUAUUUACGGCUAUACUCCCUCGCGCGCAAUUGUGUGUGCGAAGGGGACAGAGGAGAGAGGCUGUUGUACGAGCUAUGUACCGGCGCACUGUUUUCCCACCGCACACCGCACAACAGCGAAGAUGUUCUCUUGUACUCAAGACAUACCGCUCGACUGCGUUCAUUUUCUCAUCAAUCAUUUCGACGAAACAACAGGUUGCCUGGUAACACGCGGAAAGCGAUGCUGGAAUCGAGAAAAUCUCGUUACCUAGGAAUUCCGCGACGAUGGAGGGAGAGUGAGAGAGAAAGAUCGAGUAAUCAUCGGAAAGGCAUUAAAACGCACGGUGCAGCGUUCAUCAGAGGCGCGCGCGCGCGCGCUCGACAGGGAGGACUGACAAACAAAGUAGAUUUUAUAUCGUCAAGCUCUCGUUGACUGCAGAGGUCCAGCGAAGCUCUCACGUGGCAUCGAGGCAGCGCGAGCGUUCGAGGUAGCCAGUGGCUCAGUAGUACGAGUCUAUGCGUGGCCCGGCCACAGCAGAAGCGGAGCAUCACUCGAGCGAAGCGACAAUUGCCCGGCGCAUACUACAAGCAUCACCACACAGCGAGAACAAGAGCGGGACUCCUACCGCAGCAGCAGCAGCAGCAGCUAGAAAGACCCUGAAGAGGUUACAGCGCUCGCACGCGGGAGCCAUUCUAUUCAUAGGAGGCUCGCAGGAGGCGCUUAGCGCGCCGUCGUAUCGCGCAUCCGAGCAGAGCAGCACAUCGCAGCAUCAGAGCCAUCUCGAGGAUGCGCGCGUCUCGCUCGGUCCAGCUCGAGGCUCGGCAGCGGAAGCAGCAGCCUCAGUAGUAGCAGCCGCCGCGCGACGAGACGAGCGUGCGAGAGAGAGAGCAGAGAGCCGUGCGGAGCGCAGAAGCCUGGCUCCGGCAGUAGCGCAGCAGCAGUCGCCGCCGCCGCCGGCCCCGGGGGUUAUGACGGCCAAGUCGGGCGGUCACUGCCCGUCGCUGCGUGCGAUCAAGCGCUCUUAGGUGUCUCUCUCUUUUCUCUCUUCUGUCCUCUCAUCACCUGUCCCUCUGCUCCUGUGUCUGUCGCAAUCGUCGCCUCCUCUCUUCUUCUCCCCCUCUGUCUCCCUCUCUUUCUACUUCCUUCCUCUGUCCUGUCACCCUCACACUGAUCUCGACCGCCACGACGGCGACGACGACGCCAACGCCGAGGAGAAGGAGCAGGAGAACCGGUCUCUGAAAAAGUGUGUUCAGUUGUGUUGUAAUUCCGUAUAAUCGCCGAUUGUGCCCCGCCGGCGGUUUGUUGUGCUUCGCGAAGUCUUGAAGAGAGAGAGAGAGUCAGAAUUGAAAGGACGGGACAGCGUGCAUCAGUGCUGGUGAGUGGCCGUUGCCGGAGCGAGGACGCCGCUGCUGCCGUAAGAUGAGGCCGCGGCCGGCUGCUCGGCCAACGGCGUUGCUCUCGACGCCGUUUCUCUCGCCUGGAGGACCACAGCUUACGACACGACGCUCCUCGCCGCUGCACAGGCCAGCCCGGGCGGGCAUAGCCAAGCCAUGGUGUGUCGCCCUCAUCUUGCAGCUUGCCUUGCUGCUCAGCGUCGUACCCCAAGACACCCACGGCGGAGCUUACGAGAGGGCACUGCUGAACAAGCUCCUGUCGAAUUACAAUACGCUGGAGAGGCCCGUGGAGAACGAGAGCGAGCCGCUGCAGGUGAAGUUCGGCAUCACGCUUCAGCAGAUUAUCGACGUGGACGAGAAGAAUCAGAUACUGACAACGAACGCUUGGCUGAAACUGGAAUGGACAGACUACAACCUCCAGUGGAACGAGUCCGAGUUUGGCGGUGUGAAGGAUCUGAGGAUCACGCCGAGCAAGCUCUGGAAGCCGGACGUGCUCAUGUACAACAGUGCGGAGGAGGGUUUCGACGGGACGUUCCAAACAAACGUGGUGGUCACGCAUAACGGCAGUUGCCUGUACGUCCCUCCGGGCAUCUUCAAGAGCACAUGCAAGAUAGACAUCGCUUGGUUCCCCUUUGACGACCAACACUGCGAAAUGAAGUUCGGAUCCUGGACCUACGACGGCAACCAGCUCGAUCUGGUACUCAACUCAGAGGAGGGCGGCGACUUGUCCGAUUUCAUCAUGAACGGAGAAUGGUACCUCAUCGGGAUGCCAGGCAAAAAGAACACGAUAGUGUACCAAUGCUGCCCGGAGCCUUACGUCGACGUCACCUUUACCAUACAAAUACGCCGGCGUACGCUCUACUACUUCUUCAACCUCAUCGUGCCCUGCGUACUCAUCUCGAGCAUGGCUCUCCUCGGCUUCACUCUGCCGCCCGACUCCGGCGAGAAGCUCACUCUAGGGGUGACGAUCCUGCUGUCGCUGACGGUAUUCCUGAACCUCGUGGCCGAAAGCAUGCCGACGACCUCGGACGCUGUCCCUCUAAUAGGAGUGACCAUCUUGCUAUCGCUGACGGUGUUCCUGAAUCUCGUAGCCGAGACCUUGCCGCAGGUCUCCGACGCAAUACCCUUGUUAGGAACUUACUUCAACUGCAUCAUGUUCAUGGUGGCGAGCAGCGUCGUGCUCACCGUCCUCGUGCUGAACUACCACCACCGAAAGCCCGACAAUUACGAGAUGCCGAAUUGGACGAAGACGGUGUUCCUACAAUGGCUGCCCUGGAUGCUGAGGAUGGACCGUCCCGGCAAGAAGAUCACGAGGAAGACGAUCCUCAUGAGCAAUCGCAUGAAGGAGCUCGAGCUACAGGAGCGAAGCAGCAAGAGCCUACUAGCCAACGUCCUCGACAUCGACGACGACUUUCGUAAUAUUAACAGCAGUCAGAGCGCGCCAUCCAGGGACUAUAUGAGGCAGGUGUACGGAACUCCGCUGACGGGCAGGCCGGCGACGGUCGAGGAGACCUCGGCGUCGCUGCCACUGAGCGGGACCCAGCGCGAGCUGCACACAAUCCUCAAAGAGCUGCAGUUCAUCACCGGUCGCAUGAAGAAGUCCGACAUCGAGUCCGAGGUCAUCAGCGACUGGAAGUUUGCCGCCAUGGUCGUCGACAGGUUUUGCCUGAUCGCCUUCACGCUGUUCACGCUGGUGGCGACGGUGGCCGUGCUGUUUUCCGCGCCGCAUAUAAUCGUCCAGUAGUCGAGCGCCAGCGAAUCCGCGCUCCUCCGCGAGGACGACGACGACGAAGACAGAGCCAUCGCCUCGGCUAGACUUCGAAAACGAAGUCCAAGGCGACAAAGUAUCCGGCAGCGAACGACGCCUGUUCUCCAGCCACGACGACGACGACGACUACGACUACGACUACAACUACUCUCAGUACGCCAUCAACGACAUCCGAAGAGCAUCAGCUGCAGCGCACGAUGACACCGCGAGCGACGACUGUACUCUUGUAAAACGGGCCGUAGCGCGCAUACGUACCCGAUGCAUACGUUCUCGGCGCACGCAACAGAGAUUCUCGCGUUGCAUUGUUCCCCGACGCUCUCGUAUACACAGCAAGAGUAGUAGCAGGAGCGUGUAUCUCUCGAUCGCGAGAGAUAGCGCGACGACGCGCUGGUCUAUAUCGAAUGCGCACCUAGUUCUCUCUCCCUCUCGCUCAGCCUCUCUGUCUGUGUCCGUAAGGCGUGCAAGCGGCAAAGUCGAUACCUGUAACGAGGCCCUCUACCUCAUUAGGCGAGGCGCGUAAACACACGGACCGACAUAAUUGGCCGCGCUAAUGAACUUUCGCGCGGCGGCGGCGGCGGCGGCGGCGGCCCUGGGACGACAGUCCGCGCAGCUAUACACCUACUCCAUUUCCACUUUGCUCUCUUAUUCCGUUAUACAGCAGCCGCACGCGCGUUAGUGCAGUGCACGUACGUGCCCCUAUAUACGCAACCUUACAUUAAUGCGCGCGAGUCCGCAGCGAGGAGCUGAAUUACGGGCGAUAUUCGAAUUUCAUUUCGUUUUCGAACUCGGUAUGCGCUCUCGGUGUGUAUAUGGAGUGCGCCGCUGGACACACGCCGAACAUCUGCAUAAUGGAAUUCGGCAUGCAUUCGCGCGAUGUCCGAAUUUUCGCGUCUAUAUGGACGCGUUCCAGGGCCGCUGUCUCUAUCGCUCGCGCGCGCGCACUCGGUAUGAAUUAUCGCGUCGGGCAUGAAUUUACAUGAGACGCAACUCGCAAACGAGAGAUCGGUUACACGCGCGUCAUUACGAAGAUCGUGCGCGCGGUGCGUAGAAUUGUCAUGUGCUGCGAGAAAAGAUAGAUACGAGGAUCGGCCCCCGGUCAUCGACGACGACGACGACGACGACGUAUGGGAGAGCAGCGAGACUGACACGGCCUUUACUCAACUGCCAAUACCUCGAGUCCAGGGUGGAACGAUUGUGCUUCGUCGAUGAAAUCGGCCGCGCAGGUGUACCUUUUACGAGCAGAGCUCGUCCUCGAUGACCGGAGUGUGCAAUUUCUGUAAACAGACCGAGGGAGGGAGAGAGACAGAGAGAAAGAGAUGGAGAGGAGAAGAUUACUGCCAAAAACUCUCGCCGAGAAACCUUUCGCGCGCGACGGACUCUCGAGCGCGCGUAUCUCGAGGAGUUGAACAAAGCGAGGAGAACCCGCAGGAUGCGGGACUGCGUCGUCUUCUUGUCCUAUUAAUUUUAAUGGCUCAGAUUAAAUCGACGUGUACGUGUGCUGUUAUUGUGUCUGGAGCGCGUGCGGCCGCGGAAGUUAGCGACGUGUUCGAGAGCUUGGAAAGUCAAUUACUGCUCUCGCACUCCGCGCGGCACAGCAGCAGCAGCAGCGAGCAAUCGAGGAAGCCUAAAUCAUUCGCUCUCGGUUUAUCCACCUCCAGUCUCUUGCGUGCUGCUGCUGCCGCUCCUACUGCUCUUCUGUUUCGUUAGCUAAAUUUAAUUGCAAGCUCUGAGCGUGCUUUCGUGCUUUUUUUUCGCUCUCUCGUUUAUUUCGCGCGCGAUGCGUCUGUGCAAAAGAGCAGCUGUUUUUUGUCAAGAGCGAGUUUGAGUAUAGAAAAAAAGAAAAAUUUGACUCGAUUUUUAAUCAGUCCGCUGUUGGGCGCCGUUGUUGUUUGUUAGUCGUCGCUGCGCUCGUCGAAAUGCAAUUUUCUUGUCGCUCGAGAAGUUAUACGCGCGCUCUCGCGUGCGAAAGGUCGCCCGGACGAGAGUGUAAAAACGAAAAUGAGAAUCGAAGCGGGAGCGAGCUCUCUAAAUUUUUCUCCGCUAUUCGCGGAUUUUGUUGUUCGCUAUUCGUGUCUUUCGAUUCGUAAACAGUUGGGAAAAAAUAGCGAGCGAAAAAUUUAGAGAGCGAGAGAGAACACGGCUUUGUCGUCACGAAGACGGCAAAGUUCGCAUAAAAAAUACGACAUCUCGAAGUGUUCCAAAACUGCUGACCGAAGAAGAAGAAGAAGGAUCUGUUGCUGCGCGUCGUCGCGGCGCUGGGAAGAAGUUUGUCGCGCAUAAUGUAUAUGUAUCAGCGAAAGGCGAGGCGUUUUCUCAACCGAACGAAUAAAGUAAACUUAGCACUCCUCGUCGAGAUCACGGAUAUGCGCGUGAUGUCGAUAAUCGCGAAAGUCCCUCGUUACCGACUAGAGACCACUUAAUGCAUACCUCGUUCCAUGGACGACGACUGCCGUUUCCGACGGUGAUCGUGCAUCGAACGAGGCUUCUUCCUUUCGGUAAAUGAGCAAAUUAAAAUAUAAACUUCGUCGUCAAUUAGUCGGACGUUGAUUUCGAACAAUGAAAAACGACACGUUGUAUCUUGCGUAUCCGCGUGAUUUACAGCAUUGGGUCGGUAACUUGACAGACUUUCUUGGUAGCUAUAUACCUAAGAUGAUAAAUAAACACUUGCCAACCUGUUGCCAUACGUUAAUCGAGAAAUAAAGUUUUGCAUUUUUCAACCAAAGCAGCAAACGCGUCUCUGUGUACACACACCAUUGUUACGGCGAGACUCGCCCAUCGCGACGACGAUCUCCCUCUCGCGGUAGUUAAAAUUGAAGAGAGGGAGGAAAAAAGUUGCAGAGAACGUAUACAUGACAAACAACAGAUUCAUUGUUCGGAGAGCGACGCGAGAACACGCGCGUAUAAUGAAUGUUUUCAGACGACGAUUGUGUCGCACAAGGCGUCGGGGCGAACCGAAGUAAAUAUAACGAGAUUUAACGAGUAAGGUGGGAUGGAGAAAAGAAAACUGGAGAGAAAAAGCUAAAAAAUACUAAACACAGGCGCGUGGCUGUUGGUCGUAGGCGAAAAUGAAAAAUGAUAAAAAAAAAUUAUAGGUAAAAAAACAUAAGCAGCGCUAAAAAUAUAAGUGAUAUCCGAAGUCGCAGAACAAAAAAAAAAGAUAUAUAUUAUAUAUAUAAAUAUUAUAAAUAUAUGAAUGCAUAAAAAAAUACAUCAAUAACUUUAUUGAUAUAAACGAUUGUUUUAUAUAAAAGAAAAAUGGUGACAGAUAUCGAUAUGACAGAUGCGUGUGAUGUUGACGUAAAAGAUAAACUCAUUUGUAAUUUGUAUCGCACGCGCGCCAUUAUAUAUAUUAUUAGAGGAUGUAUAAUCGUAAGGAGCACGCUGCGGUGCGCCGUCGUAUUGUAAAACCACACGAGGGAUUAUACAUAUAUACAUAUUAUUAUUACUAUUAUACUUAAUGAGUUUAAUAUUAAGAGAAAUCUAAAAACUAAAAACGAAUGAGAUUAAAAAAAAGACGUUUAUACGUGUAAAGAGAUCCACACCUAAAAUGCCUCCCAGGUUAUAUAUAUAUAUAUAUAUACAUAUAUAUUAUAAAUAUAUAUUAUAUAAACGUUAUUCGAUGUAAAAAGGACUCGAACUAUAUAUAUACACACGCGCACUCGCACUCACACACAGACACAGGCACACGAACAGACAUAUAGAUGUAACGUAUGAUUAAAGUAAGAUUAUUUAUACUAAUAAAAGAUAAGGGUCGAAGUUAUUCGAGGUUAAAAAUGAAAUCCGCCACGAAAGAACAAAAUAAUCAUCAUCAUGAGAACAACAACAACAAGAACAGCAACAACAACCUCGUCUGUCGAAAAAAAUAGAAACGCGUUGCCGAUUCUCGAUACAUCAUCACAUGUUUCUUCCAAAAAUUACACGUACUUAUACACGAUUGUGCAUCAGAGUCCAGAGUCGAGUCUCGCGCGAAACUGCGCCAGUGCAAGGCCUUCAAGACCCCGCGGAGCUUCCGUGUACAUCUAAAAGCGAUCAAAAUUCAUCACCGAAUCCCGGAAAAACAUAACGAGCUUAGCGCGUCGCUCGUAAAUUUUCGUUUGCGCUCAGCGGGCGCAUCAGGGCCCGGUAUUAAACGGCGACGACGUGAGAGAAAGAGCUAGGGACUAGCACAAUAAGCGCGGCCGAACAAAGAAACGAAACGCGCGAGCGAGCUUUUGAUCGAGGAGCCCACUUAACCCGCCUUCAUUUGCGGUUAAUUGCCGGGCGUCAGUCACCCCGCGGAGAGUCGUUUUUCUUCCGCGGAUUAAUGGCUCCUCCGCGCUCGCGCGCAUCGCAAACAAUGCCGCACGUUUUUCGUUACUCCGCACGCUCGAGUGUCAUUUGCAUUCCUUCCCGCGGUUAUAACGCGCGGAGUUUCGAUUUAUUUCUCGGUCGGCUGCUUGUGUAUUGAUUAGUCAUAGCCUAUCGAGCGAUUCGCUCUUCCAACUUUAUCUCCGUUAUAUACCCGAUGCUCUCAAAGGAAUACAGUCGUCGCGGGGGCGGGCGGAAAGCUUAACGAGGGUGAAAAAGACGACGAUCCAUUAUUUUGUCGCUCGCUCGCGUAAAGCAAUGAAUGAGCUCGUUUUGUCUCUCUGAAUGGACUUUUCUCAUUAACGAGCCUUUAGUUUUUUCUUUUCGUCCUUCCGCAGCUGCUGCUUCACAGGCGCAGGUUCGCGACGACGACUCGAAUACUCUCUCUCUCUCUGUGCAUUGUACGAGUAUACACUCAACUUGGUUCGCUCUUCCAUUUUAACGAUAUUAGUUGUGCGCUAGAGUUUAACGCGGUAUAACGUAUAUGAGUAUAAUACACUGAAGGUUUUUACGUUUGUUCGACGGGGGAUUUUUACUUUGUGAAACGUUGUAAAUAUACAUGCCAAGAGAUGUGUAAUAAGGGAUGCGGUUCCUUUUUUCCCCUUUCGUUGUUCGGGCUUUUCGAUGUAUUAUUAUUAUCUCAUCGCGCACACACACACACACACACUGUAGCUUCGUCGAAAGUAUAUAAGAUAUGACGUUGAGAAAACAGAAAAUAAACAAAACCAGUAUUGAUUAGCCAAUUAUUCGAGGAUAUUUAUAUAACGUACACUCGCACGUAAGCUGGAGAAGGAGUAUGUAGGCGAGCAUUAUAUAUAUAUAUAUAAAUAUUAAGCGCUGCAUUAAUACACACACACACACACACACUCGCUCACCAAGAGCAUUGCAAGUAUUAUACACACACGAUCUGCACACGUGCGCGCAUUAUAUGAUUAAUGAAAUUACAAGAUAUACAUAUUAUACAUAAAGAUUACUACAUAGCGCGUAUAAAUAACAUACGUGAAUAAUUAAUUGAUAAAAAAAAAGGAUGAAGAUGAUGACGGGGUGCAUUGUAAAAUAAACCGAAUCCACUAAAAUCGAGUACAUAAUAAAAAGAUAAAUAUGAACGGGGGGAGUGAGAGAAAAAGAGAGAGUGGUGGUGUGUAGCUAUGUGUGCGAAUGCGAGAGUUUGUUUAAAAGUGACACUUGCGUAUAGCACGAACUGUUGAUAAAACAUAAGGUUAACCAAUUAAUUAAUAAUCAAUUAAAAGAAAAACACGAAGGAAUUGAAUUAGGUUUACAUAUAUAUUGUAUAAAUACACACAAACACACGGGCAACGCGUCAAGUCUGUCCCCGCAUCUUCGUAUAAAUAUGAUAUAUAUAUAUAUAUAUAUAUAUAUAUAUAUAUUAUAUCUCUGUCUCUGUUCCUAAAAAUGCGAAAUCUCUCUGUGUUUCUCUCGGUGCGAGCAUAAUAUAAUGUAACACACAGUAGCGUGUGUGUGCAGCACGUAUUGUGCACAAUCGAGAAGUCCUGGCAAUCGGAAAUUGUUUCGACGACUAUACGUGUGGCGCGCAUACACGCACGCACGUAUACCUCUCUAUGUAUAUUAUAGCAUAUAUUUUCAAUGAUCAACCUUACAUUGCCUCUCCCGGCACUCGCUCACUCUUUCAAUUUAUAAAUAAAUCGAUUUUCCAUUUUCUCUCUCUCUCUCUCUCUCUCUCUCUCUCCAGCUCGCUAUUCCGCGUUAUAAUAGCCGCUGCAGAAUGCGUUUAAUCGAAGGCCGUGAAAGUUUAUACACUGCAACUGUUUGCGCGUUUUAUUUCUCUCUAUCCUCCCUUUACGGGAUGGGGCAUAUAAGAGAGAGCGGGAGAGGAGCUUGAAGUUAUGCACUCUUUCAAUUUUAUCCCUGUACACAAUUAUACACACGCGCCGUUCUCUUUUUACUCCCUGAUUUUCGCGUCAUCGCAAUUUAUUGUUAAUCACAUUGUGUAAACUAUACGCCGGAAAAAGAGGAGAGUACACGUGCCAAAACCUAUUUUUAAAGAUGAUUGCUCUGUACAUGAUAUAUCGUCUCUGUAUAAUUCAACAGACCAAAAGACUUCCUUUCGAUUUCAUUCGCAUUUGUAGGACUUGCGUAUAAGAAAAGAAAAAUAUGAAAAAGAAAUUGAAAAAAAAAAAAGAUUGACAUCGUUUUCCACACGCUGCCGACGACAGGAACACGUUUGAACAAUCGGGUCCGCGCACUCGUCCCCGUUGUAUUCAUCACCACACAGGUUUAACUAAGACGAUUACGUAUAUUAAAGUAAAAUAAUAAUAAUAACAAUAAUGAAUAACUAAUGAUAAUGAAUAAAAAGAAACCACCGGCGAAUUAAUAAACUAACUAGAUAAACAGGUGAAAAACGAUACUCGAGAUAAAGAAAUUUUUCUAAACGAUAAGGAUAAACACACGCACACGCACAUCCUCGACGGAGAGCAUAAAAAUAAAGUUCGAAACCGCAUUUUUCUUAUAUAUACACCAAUUGUUAAGGGUACAUCGACGAACACGCAGAUAUGUAUAAUUAUAUAUUUAAAAAGCUAACAGAAAAAAAAAUAAUUAAAAAAAAUCUUCACGUAUAAGUACAGAAGCACCGAAGCCGCGUGUCAUGCUCAAAUUCCUUAGUAAGUCACAGUUACGAUUUAUCGCAGCAGCAGCAGCUCGAGAAUCGUCGCGUCUCUUACUCCCGCCCUCUCGAAUCGAACGCGCGCGUAUAUUCCACGAAUAUACAAAUAUUUCAAAAUUAUUCCGAGGCGAGCUUCCACGCAGGCCGGCGAAAAUAAAAAAAAAUAAUUAAAAAUAAUAACCGCGCGGAAUAACUUUCCACCUCAGCGUAGCGCGAAAUUCUAAAAUUUCGCCCGGCGCCAAGCGCAUAUAAAUUAUAAACGAACACGCGCGCGCGCGCUCGCACAUAGGCGAAUAAAAAAAGAAUCCGAUACGCGCGAGAGCCGAAUAAACUGCGGGAGACAGAGACGCCCCGAUGUCGGCGCGAUAAAUUUUAAUUAUAUAUAGGUAUACAUGAUAAAAACAAAAAACAGCGCGAGCGGAGAGCGAUAAACAAACGGUAUGUUAUAAUACAAAUACAUAAUCAACCUUAACUCUAAAAGCUAAUGGAAUAGAUAAAGAAGCCUGUGCGGCGGGACAAAAGAUUCAGUGAACGAAUAGCGCGGGGCAGGGGAGGCCGAGCCGCAAAAACGAGCGAAAGAGAGACAAAGUGCUCGCUGGGAGUUACGACGCUUCCUUCCUCGUCGUUUUUUCUCCGUGUUUUUUUUUUCGCCGUAAUGAGACCGCGGGAAAUUAAAAUUGUACCAAUUCGAAAGUGGGCGAAAAUUUGGAAAACCGCACGGGACUAGCUCCGCGAAAGCAACAGGCUAACGUAUCGCGUAUACGUUAUAAAAGCGUCUCUCCCUCGCGCGCGGCAACUGCGACUCGGCCUCGACUGCGCCGCGUCAUCUAGAUGUAUACAUAUAUAGAGCGAGAGAACGCGUCGAAUGUACAUAUAUACAUAUAUGAAAAAAAUAUGAAUUUAUCAUUUUUAUCCGACGUUUACACAAGAUUUUAUCUGACAGAUUUACCGAUAUAUAUAUACAUGUAUAUAUACGAAAUACGAUAUAUAUACUUUACGAGAGCUUUUAUUGUCCGCACGAGUGCGUGAGCGCGAGCAGCAGGCCGUAUCCAACGUUUUACGCGCGUGAUCGCGGACGCCUUCCUCUGUCUCUCUCACUCUUGUCAACUUCACGAUUCUGUCGCCUCUUGUUCUUCCGUUACGCUCUCGCUCUCACCUUUACCUCGUUCUAUGCUUUGUCGGCUCGACCGUCGUUAUAUAUAUAUAUAUAUAUAUAUAUAUAUUUCCCGCUUAUAAGAAAAAUCAGAUACUGUAUUAUUAUAGAUUCGGCUUUUAUCGCAGUUUUUCCGUUAUGUUUCUUAAUACACCGUUUAGCACAGCCGCACACAUACGGAAGCAGAAUAAUGAAAAUAAACGCAUAUAGGAUUUACGUGCUAUACUACUCGAGCAUAUGUUAUUAUAGUGUAACGGCGAGGCGUCUAUUGUCCGCGCUGAUCGCACGCGCGGCUGUUUUUCGAAUUUUACGACAAUUUGACACGGGGAAUUACGAUAAUCACUUUUGUAUAAUGACACGUCUUUGCGUAUGUUGAAUUAUAUAUGAUGUGCGACGACGACGACGGCGACGAUGAUGAUAUAUAUAUAUAUAUAAAAAUAUAUAUACAAAAAAUUGUUACGUGAUGAGAGCGGAUAAAUGAAUUAUGUAAUAAAUAUAUGAUAUAUUGAUAAACAAGAGAAGAGCGAGGAUUAAAUUGUAAAAGGCGCGCGAGAUUUUAGCGAGUAACGAUGAUUAUUACUAAACCGAGGAACAAAUGUUAAUAAUAAAACGAGCGAGAGAGCGAUCAUGAGUGUGCAGGUAUUGAACGAUAAAUUUAAUAAACUUCAUCCGGUGUAAAUGCGUGUGUGCAAGGACAUAUACAUAGAACGUGUGCAUCAGCGUCAACUAAAAAACGAUAAAUAAACAAAUAAAAUAAUUGAUUAAAAAAUAAAUAAUAAUAGAGAGAGCGCGUAUGGAUAAAUAAUGGAAAAGGCGCUGAGGUACAGGAAGAGGAGCAUAGAAACGACCCGACGGGAAUAGAACAAAGCGCGCGUGCACGAGAGAGCCAAGAUUUUAUUCGACGUGUAGCGUACGUAUAUAAGCGAGCGCGGGGGAUGUAUAUGUACUCGGGAAAAGUAUUCGACGCAAUAUUGCGCCGAGCACUCGGGGCCGCCGCGACAGAGAAAAAUCGCUAGGAGUAGAGCGUCGUGAGAGAUAUUCGUACGAGGCCGUUUAAUAAACAAUACAUUAUUAUUAUAAAUAUAUAUAUAUAUAAUAUAUACGAUAACUGAAUAUAUUAUAUAUAUAUACAUAUUACCGCGUAAUUUUUCAUACGAGUUAGAGAGACUUUAAAAAAACUACGAUUAAUAUAAAUAUGCAUACACGCGAUAAAGUAUAAAUAAUUAAAACCAAAAAGAACGUGCUAUAUGGCGUGAGUCUGCGUGCGUGGGUGUAUGGCUGCAUGAUGAGCGUGGGUGCGAGGGGGAUGGACGACGAGGAUGGCGUUUUAAUAAUACUAAUAAUAAUAAUAAUGAUAAUAGUAAAACCAUUGAAUUUAAAAGAAACAAGAUGAAAAAGGACAAAUAAAAUACGAUGCUAAAAUUAUAAAAGCGAAAGCUGAUAAACAAUACAUCCGCAUACACAGGGGCGAAUAUAUUAUAUAAUCAUAUUGUGUAUCGUCGAUUGCUGCACGUACGCGCGUUAUAUACUAUAUACCGUACGCAUAUAUAUUUCGCGGGAGAUAUAUACACACAUAAUAGCGACAACGAGAAAUUCCGAUCGAUUUUAUGAAGGAGCGGGCGCACACGCGUAUGUGUAUAUAUAUAUUUUUUUUUUCUGCAAAGUUAUAUAUUAUACUGUACCGAUGUUUUUGCGUUUUUGUAAAUCCAGUAUAGCGUGUGAUAUAACGUAUGUAUAAUUCGAAACGCUUUGAAGUCGUCUCUUUCGACGAUCCGAAAAAUAUAUGGACGACAUCCGAUUACAUACUAUACAGCCGGAGCGCGUCUGACGGCGAUGCCGAUUGCGGAUUAAUAAUCAACGCUCGAAUGCCAAUGAGAGAGCGCAUAAAUUAAUUUCAAUCGAUCGCCGCUGCACGUCAUUGCGAUGAAAUUCAGUGCGCCGCAUAGGCCAAAUCCUACCGGCGACGACGCGCGCCGUGAAUUCGUAAUCAGUGCGGUAAUCAUGUAAUUAUCGCGAAAGAAGAUGUGUGCAUACGAAGCCGCGCGUAAUCCGUAAAAUCUGUGCGUUUGCAAUUCUUUGCCCGAAAUUUAAAGCUAUAGAAUUUAUAAGUACACGUCGUUUUUUAUUUCUCAUUUUUGUAUUCCCAUCGAAAAAUUUCCGCAGCCUGCGCGCGAAGGAGAAAAAAACUCGACGCGCGCACGAUGUGUAACGAGCGGAACAAAGAAUUGGGCUUUUCAAAGGUAUAGAGGCUGCGCUGCAGAAAACACGAAAAACCGCCGGGAGAGAGCAGCGCGUCAUUUCCGCCGCGAGAGACGUGUUAGGCGCGCGCGCGCGAGAGAGAGAGAGAGAGAGAGAGAGAGAGAGAGAGAGAGAGAGAGAGAGAGAGAGAGAGAGAGAGAGAGAGAGAGAGAGAGAGAGAGAGAGAGAGAGAUAAGCCAAAGGGUUUGCAGAAAACAAAAAGAGAGUAGCGCGCGCACGAGUGACUUAGAAUUUUUCCUUCGCACAAAGGCGCCUGUACUAUGGAUAUUGCGAAAAAAAAAAUAUAUACACGCAUACAAGCCGGGACGAGAGAUGAGAGUUUUCGAAAAUGUCAGGAGGAAUGCUAAUAAAAAAUAUGAACAAAGCGCGCGCGAGACAAUAGGUUAUUACGUAUAGAGGAUAGACAUACACACACAGCCACACACGAAAACACGCACACGAACAGGCGCGUCGCAGUUAUAUUUUAAAACCGACGAAGAUGAAGAAAAAUGCACACACACACACACACACACGUGGAGCAUAAACGAGACACACAGCGUACGAUUUGUACAUAGAUAAGGGCGUUAGCAUGUAGUAUCGAUUAUUAAUGUUACGUAUAGAUGCGCGAGGCAAGAUGCUCGAAUUUUUUCUUUCGUUCUUCCGGCUGAUGAACAAAACGAAGCAAAAAGCAAAAAAAGGAAACCACACAGCAACGGCGACAGCGCGUUAUCGACCGCGUCGAUAAAAUUGACAGAACGAGAGGAGGAGAGAGAAAACGGAGUAAACGACACUUUAUAUUUUCCUCACCAACACAGCCACACGAACACCCGGUUGUAUUGUAUCUUACGUUGAUUUUUCGCCUUUAUACUGUUGAUCCUCUCCGACCCCCAUACUGUCUCUUCCGCACUUUUUAUAGAAAAGAAAAAACAAGUAAUAAAGCUUAGAACAAGCUCCUCUGUCUGUAACGAGCUAUAACGCGAAUCGCGUGUGUUAUAACCGAAUUUUAAAGUGAGCACACACGCAUCUCUUCCGCCCGUACGAAUAACGCGCUGUACAACUCCGGCGAGUUACUCAUGGAUAUGGUGUACCUCAUGCGUGUCACGCGAAUCGCAAGUCGCUCCUCGUUUAAGCAGUUACGCUGUCAAAGAAUCAAAAAAACCAAAGCCUGCCAGCUCUAGGAGCACAGUCUAUAUACACUAUACCCAAUCUCGAGGGCGACGGCCAUUUUGUGGAGCGCAAUAGGGGACGCCAUUUCGUGAGCCGCUACGCCACGAGCUAAAACUAUUAGGGAGAUGAUCCACACAUGCGACACCUAUCAUAGAGUAUAUUUCAGAUCUUACAUUGCACUACUGUCUAUCGUAGCGAAUGCUGUAGGCUUAGCUCGGUCGGAAUUCACGGAUUCUCGAGCGUCGCGCGGCUUGGCGAAUAUAUAUUUCAUUUUCUUGAUAACGACGCGCAAUACACGACUCCUAUUAAUUUUAAGAAGAAUCGAAGCUAAUAUCGCUCGCACGACAGGACGGAGUUAGGACUUUAAACGUCCGCGCGACGCUGGACAAUCGCCGGCCGUUAAUCGUUGUAGAAACUCUAUUGUGAGAAAAAAGUAACGCAAACAGAUGAAACACACGCUCACCUACACAAACGAACAGAAAAAAAAAUGCAAGAAAGAUACUACUGAAUCUUCGUAUACCCGCUCUUUUUCUCUAGUCUCUUAGCGUAUCGUACCUUCUGGAGAAAGAGAGACAGACACACAUACUUACACACAAUAUCACACAUACGCGUACGUAAUUAAGCGAUCGCGAAAAAAAAUAAUGGGAUAAUCGAAGGUAAUUUAACAGAGGUUGGGCUCUGCGCUUGUUCCCGCCGCAGGAUUAAUAUUUAAGGAGCAAACACGAGGGAUGUACUUCGAGCGAAGAUUAUAUGUACAUGAGAGCGAGUUGAUAAUGAUGAUGAUGUGCGCGAAGGUUGUGGCGAGACGAGAGUUUUCGAAUAUUAUAGAGGAGAAGAAAAACGUACGUUAAUUGUGGCUCAGUUCCAUCCCGCGAACUCUCUCGAUUUCUAUGAAAUAUGUCGACACGCAAAAUGAACGACGAGGAGGUGGAAGGAAAAAAUUAAGAUAAAUUUUAAACUAAAGAAUUACGUCGCAUACACUGCUCUAGGGCCUAAGUAUAAGGAUAAAGCAUUAUACCUAACCCUCGACUCGAGAUGAAGGAAGGAAGGGAUAAACGCACGCAUUUUGUCUUAUAACGAUUCAAAACGAUUUAAGCAAAAUAAAGUCUGUAUGAUGAUCUGUAGCGACAUCUAUAUUUAGAUCUCUGGCUCACUUUCUUUCUGCGCCCGUUUUGUCACGAUAUAUUAUAUCAUAUAUGUUAUGUAUUAUAUUAUAUUAUAUAUGGUAAUUUUCACGCGUGUAUGUGUAUACUUUACGUUAUUGUUGUAUGUACUGUGACGAUUGUUUACUUUCGACGAGUUUUCUUUUCCGUUGUACGUUCUACUCUAUAAAUGUGUAACGGCUUUUUUGUUCGAGAUAAAAGAUAACGCCUAAACGAAAGAUAAAUCAAACUAUUAACAAACUCAUAAAAAUGAAAACCGAUGGUAUCUAAAAAAGAAACAUCCUUUCACACGAAAACACAAACACAGCACACAUAUAGUUUGCAACAACUCUUCGUCAAUCCAUUAAUUUCGCCUUAAAUUCCUUGCUUUCUAUCAAGCCUUUCGUUGAAGAGGAAAAAAAGGAUCGACAAAAAAAAACGUGAAAAGAAAAAGAAAACACACAAAUAUAUCUGCACAAUCUAGUUUUCUGUGUCUCUCUGCCUCCGUCCAAGAAUUUCCUACUUUAAUUUUUACUCGCACACUUUUACGAGAAACCUUUUUAAUACAAAAGAAGAAGAAGAAGAGGAAGAUGAAGAAAAAAACUAAAUUACUAUUUGAUAAUUUUCUUGUAAAACUAUACGAAUAAACGAAAGAGAGAGGAGGAACUCCCCUUUUAAAAACGAGAAACGUCUAAACUGUCAGUCGCUAACAAAAAGAUAAAAGUAUGAAAGGGAAAUAAGAAGAAGACAAAAAAAUGAGAGAGAGAGAGAGAGAGAGAGAGAGAGAGAGAGAGAGAGAGAGAGUAAGAGGUUUUACUUGUAUAACGAUCACGACUCCCCCGCCGGGUCGCGAGGAUAUCAAAAGAAAAAAAACUUGGUUUACGUACAUAUAGGUAUAUACAAUACUUCUCGUUUUAUUCGCCGCGAGAAAGAGACGAUUAAACCAAAAAAAAGGAAACAAAAUGUAUGAGCAUUCGCUAGAUCUUGUACUGACAUUGUAAUUCCCUUAUGUAAUUACACGCAUGCGAAAUACAGAAACAUAUUAUUGAAAAUAA